AUGUACAGCUCCAGCUACUCCAGGGCCAAGUUCGGCCUGGAGGCGAGGGAGCCGCUGCACAAGCCCAAAGGGAAGAGCUGCGGUUAUUACAUGAGGAUCAUCUUCUUCUUCUCUUCACUCAUCCAGUCCCUCAUCAUCGUUAGCUUGGUGCUCUUCCUCAUCUAUGGACAACCAGAGAAGACAGCGGAGGAGAAGAGGGUCAAGGAGCUGGAGCUGAACUUCAACAAGCUGAGUGAAAACAACAUCGAGCUGAGGAAAGAGAAAGGCGACCUGGGAGCUCAGCUGGGAGCUCGCACAGCAGAGAAAGCUGCUCUGGAGGCAGAGCUGGCCAAGCUGAAGACGGACGCCAACAACACCGAGAACACGCUGAAAUUAAAACUGGCAAAUUGUGAGAAAAUGAGUGCCACAACACUCCGAAUGAUGACACAGCGACCGACGCCUCCCAUCCAGCCUCCUGUCAUGCUCACCACCAGCAGUGAAGUAAAGACACUCCAGAGCUUGAAUGCUCAGCAGAAAGCCAUGAUUAAUCUGAUCGAGGCAAACUUCACCCAGACGGUUCAGUACCUGAAUGUGGAGAAAGAAAAAGCCCUGAGAGAGCGAGACGCACACCACCAGGACGUCAUCGUCCUGCGCAGAGAGAACAUCAUGCUAAAGGAGCAGCUCGCCACCUACACCAGAAAGUGCAAAGAAGACUUUGCUCAUUCUUUGGAUGGGAUCCAGUCAGUGACCAGGGAUUUCCUGGACAGGAUUACAAACCUGUUUCCUCACCAGCUCACCUUUCACCUCACCUGUGACAGCCAGCGGGAGCAGAUGGAGAAGAUCAAAAACAGCUGCACCAACCUGUCCAGAGACGUGGAGAACAAGUUUCAGCUGUAUUUAGACAAAGUGGGAGACAAGGUGGCAGAGAUCCAGGCUCUGUCCAGUCGACUGGAGGUGCAAAACUCACAUUUUAGCUCUGACCUGAAAAAGUGUGAACAAAAUCGUAAGGAGAUGGAAGCAGAGGCUGCCAAACAGCUACAGCUCAAGCAACAGACUCAUGAUGACCAGGUGGAGAAGUUACUGAUGGAGCAGAACCGGCUGAGGGAGCAGAAGAAGCUGCAGGAAGACACUUUGGCCCUGAGAGAGCGAGAGCUUCAGACCCUGCAGCGAAUGCUCCCAAACGCUCCGUCCAACUUCAAGCCUGUUAUUCCUAAACCUGGUGGCCUUCAGGCGGCCCCUCAGCUCGGCGGACAGAAGUGGCCCUUCGCUGGAGUGCCGGGUAUCAAUAAACCCCCAACGGUGAGAUGAAAUGAAUAAUCAGAGAAUUAUCUGGCGGCUACAGUGAUCAACAUCUGCCCUGAAGAAAUGUCAAAGGACAUGUACAUAUUCCUGUACACAGCUUCAGCACAACCUGUAAAUACUCUUGAAUGAUGCAUUUUACAAUUGUUGGUCUUUGCAUGCUUUGUUUAUAUUGUGUUGUUUGGAAGUUUCAACAUUUGCUGUGAAAAGCCUCGGUAUCUACCAAGGUUAAUGUUUCAAAGAAAAAAAGGCACUGGUGUAAAUAUUUGUUUAUGUGUGUCUAUUCAUGGAAAAUAAAGUGCAGUUAACCAAAGGUAGACUAAUCUCCUGAAGUGUUUACUCCUCAAUCGGUUUUGUCUCUUGUGGUAAAAACAUAAAAAAACCAUCAACUUUGUACAGCAGCUGCUCACUUGGCAGCUUUAAACAGAAGGAUCCUAAAAUAGCUCCAUUUAUGUUUCCUUGUGAUUUGCACCUUUGAGUGUCUGCUGCAGACCGGAUGUCAAUACAUGCACAGACCAAGACAUGAACACGUCAUCACAUCUGCAGUAAUCCACGGCCCCUGUGACCUUACGACAGAAAUAAAAACAAAGAAAUGGGCUUUGACUGGUUUGAAUGUUGUUCUUGUUAUAGCAAUACUGCUAAUCUAUUCAUCACCAUGUUUAUUGUCCAGUUUACUGAAUAGUAGCUGUUAUAUGAACUACUCUCAAGCUUUACUGC